CUUUUCGACCUUCGUUCGUAGGAACAAAUCAGAAAGAUUGAGAAAUAUAUAAAACAUCUAUCUAUUUUAAUUUGGUAUCAAUAGCCACUAGAUUUAUGGAUUCUUCAUCCUUCUUAUCAUACACAUAUCCACAAUAUCAUCAUCUUGGUUUCAAUGAGAAUGACACUGAGGACAUGCUUCUCCUCAAUGUCCUGUCAGAAGCUGGUCAAAAUUCAUCUAAUAAUCUCCAUGUCAAUAAAGAGAAUGAAGGGUCACUAAAAGAAGUGGGUAAUUAUAGAGGUGUAAGGAGGAGGCCAUGGGGGAAAUACGCGGCGGAAAUAAGGGAUUCCACAAGAAAUAGCGUUAGGGUUUGGCUUGGAACAUUCGACACCGCUGAAGAAGCUGCAUUGGCUUAUGACCAAGCAGCAUUCGCGUUGCAUGGGACAACGGCGGUGCUAAAUUUUCCCGUGGAGAUGGUGUAUCGAUCGUUAAUGGAGAUGGAGUGUGGAUUUGAAGAAGGAUGUUCACCUGUUUUGACUUUGAAAAAAUGGCAUUCUAUGAUGAAAAGAGGUAAUAGUAAGAGCAAUAGUAGGAAGAAGAAGGAGGAAAAAGAGUUGAGCUUUGAAAAUGUAUUGGUUUUAGAGGAUUUAGGUGCUGAUUAUUUGGAGGAAAUUUUGAGGUUGUCUGAAGGACGUUGUGAUCCUUCAAUGUCUUGCUAGUAUUGGAACAAGGGAUCCAUAACUCGAACUUUAUGAUUCUGGAUUUUACGACGGAUUCAUGUUAAAGCUUACCUCCGCCCCUAUAUGCAUACAGACGAAGCAUCUGAAUUAGGAAUGACAAACAAGACGAGACUAGAGGGAUCAAGACUUUUCCCAUUAAAAUUUUUACAUGUCCUAGAUUUUCCUUAAUUACU